AUUUAGAUGCUAUAAAUACAUGUACAUGUACACCAUGGCUACUACAUCCUCUCAAUCGAAGGAGACUCCAUGGAUCUUCCUUCUUAUUUUCAAUUUAUUGCAUCCAUCUUAGCCUUAUUGAUUGUACACUUUUUCUCUAGAUCUAUUAGAUCUCCUAAUAGACCUAAAAAAUUUACAUUAUUCAACAUCAAACACAACAAAGUACCCGAACCAUGUUAUGCUUUACCUUUCAUAGGUCACCUUCAUCUUUUAAGCACUAAAGAACCAUAUUUUAGGACAUUUUCAACCAUGGCUGAAAAAUAUGGUUCAAUCUUUUCCCUUAGGCUUGGUUGUCACAAAACCCUAGUUGUGAGUAGUAGGGAAAUUGCCAAAGAAUGUCUCACAAAAAAUGACCAAGUUUUUGCCUCAAGGCCUAAUGUAGCCGCAGGUAGAUACCUAGGUUACAAUAAUGCAAUUUUAGCUCUUGCCCCUUAUGGUGAUUAUUGGAGAAAUAUGAGAAAAAUUGCUACUAUUGAGCUUUUAUCAAGUCAUAGACUUGAAAAGCUAAAGCAUGUUAGAGAUUUAGAGAUAUAUUCUCUAGUAAAAAAUUUGUACACAUUUUUAAAAAAUUCUAAUGGUGCAAUUGAAGUACCUAUUAGUAAGUUUUUAGAUCAUAUGACAUUUAAUAUAAUUGUGAGGAUGAUAGCUGGGAAAAGAUUUGGUGGUGAAACAAUAAAUCAAGAAGAUAGUGAGGCAUGGAGAUUAAGGAAUGCAAUUAAAGAUACAACAUAUCUUAGUGGUGUUUUUGUGGUGGCUGAUGCUAUUCCUUUCCUUAGUUGGUUUGAUUUUCAAGGUCAUGUUGGUUUCAUGAAGAGGACUUUUAAGGAAAUGGACUUUAUUCUUGAUAUGUGGAUGCAUGAGCAUUUUAGAAAGAGAGAUGAGGGACAAAAUGGUAAAUGUGAAGAUGAUUUCAUGGAUGUGUUGAUAUCAAUGUUUGAAGAGGAUGAUGAAAUUUGUGGCCACAAUAGAGAGGUAGUUAUCAAAGCAACAGCCAUGAUACUUAUCCUUACAGCCUCAGGAAGCACAGCAAUAACACUAGCAUGGGCUCUAUCCCUUCUUAUAAACCAUCCAAAGGUCUUAAGACAAGCCCAACAAGAAUUGGACAACAACAUAGGAAAACACAAAUGGGUCCAAGAAUCUGACAUCAAAGACCUAAAAUAUCUUCAAUCAAUUAUCAAAGAGACACUUAGGUUAUACCCACCGGCACCCUUAACUGGAAUAAGAGAAGCCAUUGAUGAUUGCCACGUGGCAGGAUACCAUGUUUCUAAAGGCACACGUUUGCUUAUUAACCUAUGGAAAUUACAAAGGGACCCACAAAUAUGGUCAAACCCUAAUGAAUUUCAACCUGAGAGAUUUUACAACACUUUUGAUCAAGUUGAUUUUCAAAAUCAAGAUUUUGGGUAUGUGCCAUUUAGCUAUGGUAGAAGGUCAUGUGCUGGUGCAACAUUUGGGUUGCAAGUGUUGCAUUUGACUUUAGCUAGGUUGAUUCAAGGGUUUGAUAUAUACACAAAAGAAGGUGUUAUUGUUGAUAUGAAUGAAGGAUUGGGAUUGGCUUUGCCUAAGGAAAAUCCACUUGAGGUUAUGUUACAACCACGUCUUCCAUUGGAGCUUUAUGAAAGUCUUUGAAAUUUCAAUUAAUAAGAUAUAUACAUAAAAUACUUAUACAUGAAUAAAAGUCUUUAUAGUGUGUAUAUAUGUAUUAUUGUAUUGUUUAUUUCAGAAAUUAAUGUACCAAGGUACCCAUGAAUGCAAGAAAUUAUAUGCUAUGUGACUCAAUGUGGGUUCCAAUCCAGCUUUCAUUGUUGUCAUUGUUUUAUGGUAAGUUAAUUAACUUCCAUGGUUGUGUUUUUUAAUUAAGCGUUGUUUAGGUUGUCAUUUAAAGAACCGAUAGGUUUAAUGAAAUAAAUUUGAAAGUGAAAGUAUAAAUUAUCUUAUUUGUUUGUGAA